UCAACUUUUCGUUUGCAAAAUAAAGUUUUUAAUCCGAACUCCGUCUGGCGUCAUUAACAACGUCAUUAAUAACGAUAACUAAAAUUUUCAAAUCAAUUGAAUAAAUUUAUGGCGACCAGUUUAUUAACAAAUCCUAUAAAACUGCGCUUUUAUAUAGAGAGAUAUGAAAAGGAAAAUAAAUUGAUAAGUGUUCAAGAAACAUUUGUGGCUACCGUUCGUACGAAAUCGUUAACUGGCAAAUUCUAUGCGAAACACGAUGUUUUCUCUCCAUCGGACGCUAGAGAGGAGGAUAUUAACCUGAUUAAACGACAGACGGAGAUGACGCCGAAAGAUAUUUACUCGUUUAGACCGCCGACAGUAAAUAUGGAAUACGGCUGGUUCACUACGCCACUGGUAUCUAUUAGGAAAGAUCCGAGAUUACGCUUUUCAAGGAAACAAUCGGACUUUAUCGCGAAUGAACUCGUACGUCGGAAACUGCAGAAAGGUCUGCCGGAAAAGAAAUUCGUUGGCGUACCGUUUAGAACAUAAAUAUUUAUAUAGAUAUGAUUCUAUAAAUCAAUAAAAUGCCAUUGUCACACGCAUACAUAGGGGAUUUUCAAUUCAAUAAAUUUCUUGUAGAUAUGUGUA